GCACCGACAUUGCUGUCUCUCUUCCUACGCCCAGCUUGUGUGUGGUGUGGCUGUUUCACUUUAUCAUGAGGUGGGCGGUGGCAUUUCUCCCGCUGUGCCUGGUGACGGCGUCUGGGUUCAUGAUGCAAACAUGUCCGGGCAGGAGCUGUAGGAUGGCAGACCAGUCUCAGCAUGACGGUGUUGAACGCGCCCAACCAGCACCGUCAUCCUCCCCGCUCUCGCGGCAAGCUUUCCUCGGGGGCGCCGCGGCUGCGAUUCCGCUCGUCGUGGGGGUUGGCCGAGCCGUGGCGGACAACGAGAUCAUCGAGAAGAUGGUCGCCGACAAGAUCGCCGCGGGGUGGCAGGAACCCGAGGUUACCCAGAGGGCCUUCAUGGACAUUACCAUCGGGGACAGCCCGUCCGGGAGGCUGGUGAUUAACCUCUACGGAAAGGUCGUGCCCGACACGGUGAAGAACUUCGUUGCCCUCAUCACCGGGAAAAACGCCGCCGGGGUUUCGUACCAGGGGACGGAGGCGUACCGCGUGCUCGACGGCCUAAACAUUCAGAUGGGGGCGAUCGGCAGCAGAAGCGGCAAGUCCGGCGUGUCGUCGACGGGAGAAAACAUCCCGCAGGAAAACUUCGACAUCAAGCACAUGAAGGAAGGGCUGCUGAGCAUGGUCAGGAACGCGGACGCGCAGGGGGACAGCCGAUUCUUCAUCUCCAUCAAGGAUGACGCGGGGUGGGCGGAUGACCGCUACGUGGCUUUCGGGCGAAUUGCCGAGGGGAUGGACGUGGUGCACCUGAUAGAGCGCGUCAAGGUGGAAGGGGGCACAAACAAGCCCAAGAAGCCGGUGGUAAUAGAAAAGUGCGGUAUGCUUUAG